GAUUUGAUCUUUUAUUUAGGCACCUAUUUUGCAUGCUCUUUCAGUUCCCAACAGUUACUCUCCGGAGUGGGUGGAGCUGAUGGAUGGGAUGGUUCUUUUGCAAACCAGUCCCGUCUAUGUGCGGUGGUGGGAACCCUGUUCUGGACUGGCUGUCCCUCCCGCUUGGAUGGCUCUUGAAAGCUGAGCUGCAUCCCGGCUGACCAGCAUGGACCCUACACCGCUGCUUCCAGUUACUCCUGACCCACGGGGCUUUAAUGAGGGGGCAACAGAGCCCGGCGAUCCUGCCUCCGAUCCCUGCGCCCUCCUUUCCGAAAGGCACUAUGAGGUGAUCCCCUGUGUGAUCUGUGCCCUCUGCUGCGUUUUUGGAGUUGUUUACUGCUGCUUUGGCUACCGCUGUUUCAAAGCCAUCAUGUUCCUCUCUGGCCUGCUCUUUGGCUCGGCUGUCAUCUUCCUGCUUUGCUACAAAGAGCGCAUCUUGGACACGCAACUGAGCCUGGAAGUCAGUGCGGGCAUCGCCCUGGGCAUCGGAGUCCUCUGCGGCUUAGUCACGAUGCUGGUGCACUCGGUUGGCUUGUUCCUGACGGGGCUCCUCCUGGGCUUGCUCCUGGCGACGGCUGGACUGGUGGCCACGGAGCCUCUGUGCCAGCUGCCUAGCGCCUGGGUCCCUGCCGGCUCGCUGCUGGGAUCAGCCCUCCUGGGUGCUGUCUUGGCCUUGCGCUGGCAGAAGGCCCUCACGGUGGUCUCCACGGCAGUGUUUGGGGGCGCCGUGCUGACCCUCUGCUUGGACUACGCCGUGGAGAACUUGGCACUGGGCCACCACGUGUACGACCGCCUCCGCCUGGCUCCUCCUUCCCCGCUGUGCUGGUGUGGCUGGGCCGUGCUGGCCACGUGGCCCGUCCUGGCCUUGAUGGGAAUGCUGCUGCAGUGGAGAGUGACCGCAGAGGGCUUCUCUCACACAGAUGUGGUCCUGAAUCGGCGCCAGAAGCAGCUGCAGCUCUUACGGAUCCGGCAGCGCGAAGCCAAGAAGAGGCAGAGCCAGCUUCCUCAGGAUGGCUCGUACCGGCAUAAGCCCAGCGCUGUGAAGCGCUGUGCAGGAGAUGUCCUUGCACCGAGUUAUAUUCAGAGCCUGCGCGACCGCCAGCAACUGGGAACUGGUACUUCUCUGAGCAACCUCAGUGCCAGUGCUCACACUGCUGUGGACCUGGAUUACGACUCUGGCUCGACUGUUCCCCUCACCACGCCCCGUGGCUGCCUCUGAAGGGGACGGUUUCUACUUCCGCCUGUGCCUUAACCAGGGACAUAGCACAACUCGGCCCUCACUGGGGGGGUCUGAAUAUUUUUGUCCCGUGCAGCCGCCUGACUGAUAUGCAAGCACCCUCGGCUAGCCUGCUAUAUAUAUAUUUUUAAAAAAAUGUUGUUCAAAAGCAGGCAGUUUCGUUUCCCUGGAACAGGACUCGAGGCCAACAAUGUGACUGAAUCAAAGCAGUAGGAAAGAAGGGAUUUUUUUUUUAAAUAGAAAAACAACAGCAACACUAUUAAUUUAUUCCCAAUUAAGUCAAGUGAAGGAAGCAAGCCAUCUUCUUCUGCAGGGUAUCUGCAGCUGCCUUCCAAGCUAUGCUGCAAUGAACUGGUUCCCUCUUAAGGUGGCUGUCCUUAACUUUGAAGCUAGUAUAGAAUCUGUCCUCUGCAGGCUCAGUUAAGCCAUGGACAUCACCUCUUUUAUUUGCCCUAGAGGUUUAUUUGCCCUAGAGGUCUAGAACUAGCAACAGGGUACUUUGUUUACCUUUUGGCUUAGAUGAACGGCCCUAUUUUACCUCAGGGGUAAAAUAGCUAGGGGAUAACUUGAAAUCUUUGCACCACAGGUUGGUGAGGUAAAUGGUUCUGAUCUAUGGUGCUUUUCACAACAUUUUGCUUUUUUUUUGUAUGUGGGUCGGAUGGCAGAAUCUUGUGAGUAGAGUCGCCAUUCAAUUAUCCUUUCCCUACGGCAGUUUGGCUUGCCGAUACAACGUCCGUGGGGAACGUUUGGACCGUCCAUAGUUAUUUGAACUUUACAUCUCCCUUCAUAGCAAACAUGGUCAAUGGCCAAUCAAGUGAUUAGGGGAGUUGUAGUUCAGAAACACCUGAAGGCCCGAAAGUUUACCACACCAGGGUUAUAUAAGAAGGGAAAAUUGUGCUUUUCUCUCCCCGCCUCCCAUCAAACUCAAAGGUUACCUUCCCAGAUCCCGUUUGGUCAUUCAUAAACCCUUGAUUAUGUUAUGAGAGGGAUAGCAGAGUUCGCAAAUAUGGCCGCACCUUCCCGCUCAAAUGGCUGUAAGUGUGUAAGGGAAUAAUUCCCCCAAAGGGCUCUAAUUAUAAUCCAAAGUGCCUUUUCUUGUCUAUACAGAGCCUUACCUGCACUGAAGUGGCUUUCAGUUUAACCUGACACUGGUGCUUUUUGAAAACACAUAGAGAAGGAUUAAAAACCAUUCUUUUUUUAAAAGGGGGGGGGAGUUUGAACUCUAAACUGUAGGCUAAUCACCCAGGUUUCAAUUCCUAAACUAUUAAUCUGAAUUCACUGAGUAAACAGUGGGUUUGAAUCCUGGUCAAGAGACCUGUUUUGUUAUAGCAGAUUGUUUCCUGUGGAUAUUUGUUGUUGUUACUGUUUUUAUAACUUCUGCUUGUAAUACUUAACACUGAUACAUUUCUGCUAUGCA